AUGAAGUCAGAAGAUGAUCCCGAGCUCUUCACGAAGGAUCUGGAAUUUGAAGGCGUGCCUGUGAGAGUCUACCAGCCCAGAGAUCCGUCCGCCGGGGACCGGAAAGGAGUCCUCUUCUUCCAUGGCGGAGGCUUCGUGUUCGGAAAUCUUGAUCAAUAUGACAAACUUUGCGGACACAUCUCAAAGAGGGCCGGAGUUGUGCUGGUGUCAGUCGGGUAUCGCCUGGCCCCAGAACACCUGUACCCCGCCGCAUUCCAAGAUUGUCUGACCGCUUCCAUCCACUUCCUGAGGACGGCGCUGGAUUUCGGGGUCAAUCCCUCGUCUGUCAUCACAUGUGGGGACAGCGCGGGUGGAAAUCUCGCGGCUGCGGUAUCACAAGCUCUGGUGACCAGGAAGGAUAUUCCUAGACCUCUCGCCCAGGUGAUGAUCUACCCCGUACUCCAGAUGAUUGACUUCAACUUACCUUCAUACCAACAAAACCGCGCUGUGCCCCUCCUACUGCGAGACCGCGCCCUGUUCUACCUGCUGACCUAUGUAGGAAGAGGGGACCUGUCUGUCUCCAGAGACGUGCUGAACGGCAGCCAUGUCCCUCCAGAUGUGAGGAAGAAGUUCUCCAAGUGGCUGAGUGUGGAUCAUAUCCCGGAGGAGGUCGCGGGGUACAUGAGGCACACGGGGUACACGCCGCACACCAUGGCCGCCUUCGACAAAAAUCUGUAUGAGAAGCUCAAACAAGUCCUUGAAUCUUCGUGUUCUCCUCUGGUGGCUGAUGACGCCGCGCUUCGCCUCUUACCAAAAUCUUAUCUCCUAACAUGUGAGUUCGAUGUUCUCCGUGAUGAGGGGAUCCUCUACAAGAAACGUCUGGAGGACAAUGGGGUGUCCGUCACCUGGCACCAUAUCAAAGAUGGCUUCCAUGGACUCCUCAGCUUCUAUGACCAGUGGGCCUGUGAAUCGGGGAUACGAGCCAUGGACAGCAUUGUUGGCUUCAUAAAAGAUGCCUGA